CUGAACGAAUGCUCCGGUAACAAUCCAACCUGUCGGGAUACCUGUGACGAGAGGAUGUUGGCGCGCGCUCUGCUCUCUGCUUGUUGUGUCGGUUGCUGCCUUGUUGCUGUUCUUUGUACAAGCCAUUGUGAAGAAGGGGGUUGCCCGACGUUGAAGCCAGAGUUCAUCAACGUCCACGUGAUUCCCCACAGCCAUAACGAUGCGGGAUGGCUUCAUCCGUUGGAAUACAUAUACAGGAUAAAUGUUCGCAACAUUUACAAUUCGUCCAUUCGAUCGUUGCUGGGAAACCAAGCACGUCGCUAUGUGUCUGCCGAAAACGUCUUCUUUUCUCGCUGGUGGCACGAGCAAGACGAAAGCAUGCGAAAGGAAGUGCGGAACCUAGUAAGCUCUGGUCGUCUGCAGUUCGUUGGGGGCGGCUGGGUCCAGAAUGACGAAGCCGUCACGCAUUACACGGCCAUAAUAGACCAGAUGACGUUAGGCCUAAGGUUCCUCAACGAAACGUUCGGGGAAUGCGGUCGGCCAACUGUCGCCUGGCAGGCUGACCCCUUUGGACAUUCGCGGAAUCAGGCUAACCUCUUUGCGCUGAUGGGAUUCAAUGGGUUGAUGAUCGGAAGAAUAUCCAUGGACGAAUUCGCCAAGCGAAGCUCAAAGGGAGAACUCGUGUUCGUCUGGAGGACAGGACCGGAAUUCAAGAGCAGCACCGAUAUCCUAACUUGGGUUCCUCCCAAAACGUACACAACGCCGGACUACGAGAAUUACCCUGAUAACACUGACGGCAUCGCAUUUAAUCAAACCGACGCCGCAUACGAGGACCCGGCGUCACGCAUGGGCAUGUACUCCAGAGCGCUGACGAAAAUGUAUCCUCACACGCAAGUUGGAUUCCUGUACGGAGACGACCUGACUUUCACUCAUGCCUUAAAUGAUUUCACGUAUCUGGACGGCAUUGUUAGGGGAGCCGACGAAUGGGGCGAAAAUAACACACUUCACGUAGUUUAUUCAACUCCUGGUUGCUACGUGAACGCUCUACACGCAACCAACCGAACGUGGACUCUCUUCGAUGAAGAUUUCUUUCCGUACACGGACAAGAUUGCACGGACAUGGGCGGGCUUUUUCACCUCUAGGCCUACUCUCAAGUAUAUGGUUCGCUACUCUAAUGGAUUUCUGCAGGCCUGUAAACAACUGUCUGUCGCUGCAGGCGGCAGGUAUGCUGCGCAGGUACGAACACUCAAGGAAGCAGUAGCAACACUGCAACACCAUGACGGAAUAACGGGUACGUGCACCGAUACUGUCGCCCAGGACUACAUGAGCAUUCUGAUGAAUGGGAUACAGGAGUGCGAAUUUGCAAUGAAGAAUUCCAUCUCAUUUCUACUUCGCCUCAACAAGUCGAGCCCCAAUGCAAUACCAUUCACGUUCUGCCAUAACCUCAAUAUCAGCCAAUGCCCAUUCACGGAAAAAAACAAAGAGUUUGUAGUGCUGGUGUACAACCCAAUGAGCCGAGCUGAGAACGUCACCCUUCGGUUCCCGAUUUCCGAGAGAAACGUUUCCGUCACCGAUUCUGCGGGAGAACAAGUACAAGCACAGGUGGUCGACGUGCUCGAGCAUCGGACCCCCAGUGAGGACCGCAAGACCAGAGUGAGAUGGGAGCUGGCAGCCGUGGUUCCCGUUCCAGCUCUAGGCUUCUCGAUGUUCCACGUGACAGGGAACUCCCCGCAGCCUAACGGGCGAUACGUCGUCCGACGCCAAAAAGGCCUGUCACCAGACCCGCAAACUCCGCUGGCCUCAGCUUCUGCAAGACGCGCUGCCCAAAUAGAGCAGCAGGAACCGUUCGUCGAAAAUAACCGUUACCGCUUGGUCGUGAACGCAACUACGGGUCUGGUCUCGAGGAUUCAUCUUCUGAAAGCCCAGAAGAUAUUUCCGUUUCACCAGACCUUCCAAGUGUACAAGCAGCUCCGGUACGGAAUUCCUGAGCCUUCAGGUCACUAUGUCUUCGCAGCCACGCGCCCUCCAGACGACCAAUCAGGCAAGGUGACAUACAAGAUAGUGAAGGGUCCAGUAGUGCAAGAGAUCCAUCAAAUCUACAACGAUAACAUCUCGCAAGUGAUACGGCUCUACAAAGACAUCGACACCAUCGAGUUCCAAUGGACAGUAGGGCCCGUUGACAUGGAUCCUGCGAGCCUCUUCAGUGGAGCAGACGUGAUCACGAAGUACGAGACGGACCUGAAGAGUGACGGUGUGUUUUACACGGAUGGCAACGGCAGGCAGAACAUGAAGAGACAACGAAAGGCGUCUACAAUUGCGCUACCUGCGCCUUCAAAUUACUACCCAGUUGUGUCGUGGAUUUACAUCGAGGACAAAGUCCGCCGGUUUCGGUUGUCGGUGAUUCCAGACAGACCGCAGGGUGGAAGUAGUCUUCGUGAUGGAGUGCUGGAACUUAUGGUGCACAGGAGACACGAAACGGAUGACCGCCUAGGAAUUCCCGAAUGUUUAAACGAGGUCUACGAGUCCGGUCGCGGAAUCGUUGUGACCGGAAAACACAAAGUUUUCUUUGGGACAUUGGAAGAAUCCGUCCCGUUGGUUCGACUGGAGUCUCUACGCAAUGUUUACGUGCCUGUAACUAUGUUUGCGUCAGCGUCAAACUUAGCCAGGGAUCAAUAUAGCAAGCGUUCCAUUCUUCGAGGAACUCUUCCAGAGGCGCUGCAUCUACUAACACUGGAACCCAUAAGGAACAACAGUGUUCUCCUCCGACUUGAGCACUUAGGAGCUGUGAAAGACGCAGCUCGGCUAUCGGUAAACACGCUGCUUGGAGACUUCGAGCUGGAAGACAUCCAACCUGCCCUUCUCGGAGCCAACCGAUACGUCAAGAACGCCGGUAGAAGAUUUCAGUGGAAGGUCGAUGGACAACAGAGCGCAGUAACAGAGCCUCCGUCAAUGUUAGAAGAACGUUCCAAAGCCAUCCUUUCACCCGGAGAAAUCCAGACAUUUGUAGCACAUUUGAAGCACAAUGAUUAAAGUGUUUCUGCUAGUAGUGAAA